UGAAAAGACCUACUCAUUCAAGACUAACUAAAAGUUUUGAUUAUUGUCUAACAUUAAAAACAAAAUCUAUUGAAGAACAAGAAAUGGUACAUCUUCAACAAUUCAUUGAUAUAUUAUCAAAAGACUUUGUAAAUAAAAGACAAUUAUCAAAAUUAUCAAAAAAUGGGAUUGCAAAACAAGUAAGAGGAAAAGUAUGGAAAAUACUUAUUGGUUAUAUUCCAUGUGAAACUAAUAAACAAAAAGAAAAUUUACAUAAUAAAAGAAAAGAUUAUUUACUUAUGACAAAUAAAUUACUUGAAGGAGGAUUAACAUUAAAUGAAGAAAAAUGUGAAGAACAAAUUAUUAAAGAUUUGAAUAGAUUAACACGAGAUAUACCAUUUUUAUUUCAUAAUAAAAUUCAACAAUUAAUGAAAAGAUUAUUAUUAACAUAUGCAAUUAAACAUCCAGCAUCAGGAUAUGUACAAGGAAUGAGUGAUAUGGUAGUACCAUUUUUAGUAGUAUAUAUUGAUGAAUAUUAUUUUGGAAGUUAUGAACAAAAAGUAAUUGAUAUGUUUAGUCAAACUGAAUUAGAUGAAUUAGAAGCAGAUGUUUAUUGGAGUUUUUGUUGGAUAUUACAAUCUAUUCAAAGUCAUUAUACAUAUGACCAACCAGGAAUUCAUCAUGAAUUAAAAGAAUUAGAAAUGUUAACAAAAAGAUAUAAUAAAAGAGUUGAUGAACAUUUUAAACAAUUAAAUAUGCAAUAUAUUCAAUUUGCAUUUAGAUGGUUUAAUUGUUGUUUAAUUAGAGAAUUUCCUAUAAAUUUAUCAUUAAUAUUAUGGGAUGGUUAUAUCUCAGAACCAAAUGGAAAUGGAUUUGAAGAAUUAAAUUUAUAUUGUUGUUGUUCUUUAUUGGAAAUAUUUAGUACAAAUAUUUUACAAAAAGACUUUGCUGAAUUAAUUGUAUUUUUACAAAAUUUACCAACUAAAAAUUGGACAAAGAAUGAUAUUCAACAAUUAUUACUUAAAGCAUAUGCUAUCUAUACAAUGGAACAUUUAGAAUAA